AUGCAUGCGGCGACGUCGGCCGGCAGCAUGGCUCUGAACGACAUCGCACGGGGCAGCGCCGGCGCCGGUAUCAGCAGCAGCGGUAGCGGCAACGGCAUCGGCCGCGGCGCGGCAGCCGGGACGCAGGGACAUGCCGGGACGACGUCUAAAAAGCGCCUCGUGAUGAUCAUCGCCGACCCGGGCCGUGAGUCCACAGCGGCGAUGGAGUGGGCACUCUCCCACUCCAUCGUCGAGGGCGACGACAUCUUGCUCCUCCAUGUCAACAUGCCUCCGAGCGGCGCCCCGGGCGGUGCGCCCCCCUCGCGAACCGGCUCAGGCGGGAGCUCCAGUAGCUCGUCGCUCGGCGUGUUCCUCGGCGGCGGGGGCUCCGCGGACGCGGAGUUCAUGGAGACGAUGCGCGCCGCGUGCAAGGCGCGGCACCCGCGCGCGAGGAUCCACGCGGAGCGCGUCGAGCCGGCCACCGAGGGCCGCGAAGCCAAGGCGCAGACCAUCCUCGCCGAGUCCCAGCGCCGCGGCGUCGAGCUCCUCGUCAUCGGCCACCGCCGCUUCUCCUCCUUCCUCGGGUUACGGAGCGCGAGCGGGUCGAGCCGAGGGCACGACAGCACGGCGGAGUUCUUGAUCGAGCACAGCAAGUGCCUGUGCGUGAGCGUACAGAAGAAGGGACAGAACGCCGGCUACCUGCUCAACACCAAGACCCACAAGAAUUUCUGGCUCCUCGCAUGA